AUGAAUGCAGCAACAGAAGAGCUUUCAUUUGAUAGCGAAUAUGUAAAAUCAGUUGCUAAAGACAGUAUUGAAACAAUGCUAAGAAAUCAGGAUUUUAAACCUCAGAUGAUAAAUCAAUGGUGCUCUUCUAUUGUUGAGGACUGCACUAAGCGACUUUGUGCUCAAAACAAGCCAUUUAAAUAUGUGUCUACAUGCGUUAUUAUGCAGAAGACAGGCGCUGGUUUACAUUUAGCUGCUUCUACAUACUGGGAUCAAACUACCGAUUCAUCAGUUACUGUACGAUGGGAAAACACAACAAUGUAUGCAAUUAUUAGUGUUUAUGGCGUAAUGAUAUAA